UGCGGCGCGCGUCUGGCUGGAAGAAGUUGUGCAGACAGCUGGAAGGAUGCGGGGAAGAUGGCGAUGAAUGUGAAGAACAGAGAUGCGUUUUAUUCAAGUGCUGACUAUUGCAAUAUCUACAGCUCUCAGCCUGUGAACUAUGGAGACUGCAGCCAUUAUUUCCCUCGGAUGGCAGGUCCAGACGCGGUCCUGAAGCCGCCCAUCAGUCUGAUGUGCCAGCAGCAUCCGCAGCACUUCCAGGUCAUGACCCCCGCUCAGAACCUCUCUCCGCCCCCCGUGAUGAUGUCACCAGACCCCCUGCGAUUCCCGUUGUGUACCGCUCUCGCCGUGAAGCCGUCCCAUCACCUCCAGAUGCCGUCCAUCCCAGCUCCUCCCGUCGUCAGUCCCAAACCCCCCGAGGAGGACGGUCCGGCGGAGUGCGGCGAUCAGGAAGCGGCUCUGGAGGAACUCUGCAGGCCUUUGUACUGCAAACUGUGCAACGUGACGCUCAACUCCACACAACAGGCGCAGGCACACUAUCAGGGGAAAAACCACAGCAAGAAGUUGCGCAACUUCUACGCCGGGAGUGAUCAGCCGCCUCCCGUGAGACUAGCGGAGGUGGAGCCUGUUUCCCAGCAGCCCUCAGAUUCUGCACAUGUGACGGCCAAACAGCACUUCUCCGCCAGCAGAAUCAUACUGGCCACGGAAAACGACUACUGCAAGAUGUGUGACGCCUCCUUCAGUUCACCCGCUGUAGCACAGGCGCACUACCAGGGCAAGAACCAUGCCAAGAGACUGCGGCUGGCAGAGGCGCAGCAGAAUGCCACGUCCUCAGACUUGUGUGAACCUCAGAGAUGGCCCCGGAAGGAAGGGUACGAGAACCGGUUAAUGAAGAACAGGCGGGCAAUGCCAGGCCCGUACUACAACCCGCGGCCGAGGCAGCGUAUCCCACGAGACCUCGCCAUGUGUGUCACGCCCAGCGGGCAGUUCUACUGCUCCAUGUGUAACUCGGGCGCCAGCGAAGAAGCCGAGUUUCGACUCCACUUGGAGAGCAAACCGCACAAGAGCCGAGUGUCGGAGCAGCGCUACCGCAGUGAGAUGGAACACCUGGGAUACACUUAAAUCCACAGAUCACAUGAUCAAUAAUCUCACACUGUUGCAAUGCGGUACAAAGACUUUUAUUAUUCUACAAGCAAUUUAUAAGCUAAUAAUCACACCGUUGCAUUUUACCAACAUGGCAAACGUGUUUUGUGCCAUAAACUGUUCUGGAGAUAUAAAGAGUAACAGCUCAUCCAUCUUCAUCAGGACUCUUCAUCAGUGAUCAGCACUGCAUGUGCCGCUCUUAAUGUAUAUUACAUUAUUCAUUCUCCAGUAUGUGUGAUUAAACCUCAACUGCAGAUCCGUGUUGUAAGGAUUCACUCCUGCGGCGCCGUGACAGCGAUGACAUCACGCCGCAUUACACACGCUCAUACAUGCAGAAGCGGUUCGAUCCGUUCAAACACAUUCGUUCUUUGGUUCUGUUCUUGUCGUGCCGGAUCAUCCCAGAGAUCUGGACAACAUGCCUAUUUUUAAUAAGGUGACUUUGGGUCUCUGUGCCCCCCAUGCCCCCCGUGCCCCCCGUUCCCCCCGUUCCCCCUACCUCACACGAAGACUGUUGUAGAUGUUCCAGUUUAUUGAACUACAAGUUAAAAGAAUAUUCAUAAUCUUGAUUACAGUGAACAUUCAUUUCGACUCGUUCCUCGUUUUCUUUAAAUGUGUUCCAGUGAGACACUUAUAAUGGAGGUCAAUGGGGCACAUUUUUGGAGGUUUUAAAGUCAUAAAUGCGACGCUUAUAAUUUUAUAAAAGCACUUACAUUAAUUCAGCUGUAAAGUUGUUAAAAAAAAAUCUUGUUGUUGUUUUAGGGUUUACAGGGUCACGUCGUCAUGGCAACUAGGUUGUAUAAUUGUCUAUAAGUUCACACACAUGUCCAACAUUCAGCGAGAGGACAACACUAUGCCCAUGUGUUAAAUACAGAACGGGCUCUACCUUUUACAUUCGAGCAUAUUUGAUUUAUUGUUGGAAAUUCCUCCAUUAUUUGAGUUUAAGUGGAAUAAAUAUAUGACGGAAGGGUUUUGCAAUAUUAUAAAGACUGUUGGACUCUCACGGUUCAGUGCACUUGUGAUUUAAUCCUCUCUGAUUGUGUUCAAUAGUCCUGCAGCACAUGUUCAGUGACAAGGAAACAUGCAGGUGUGUGUGUGUGUGUGUGUGUGUGUGUGUGUGAUGUAUGUGAUGUGUGUGUGAUGUGUGUGAUGUGUGUGUGUGUGAGGUGUGUGUGUGAUGUGUGUGUGUGUGAUGCGUGUGAUGUGUGUGUGUGUGUGUGUGUGUGUGUGUGUGAUGUGUGUGUGAUGCAUGUGAUGUGUGUGAUGUGUGAUGUGUGUGUGUGAGGUGUGUGUGUGAUGUGUGUGAUGUGUGUGUGUGUGUGUGUGAUGUAUGUGAUGUG